GUAAUAAUAGCAAAGCGGUUUCAUACCGUCUUUGUCGAACAUGCCUCCCAAGCGCUCGGUGGUCCCAGCGUCCAAGCAGAUGAUCGAAGACUCGUUCCGGGGGACCUCCACGAGGCGUGCCUACGACACAUACCAGCAACAGUUUGAGGCCUUUCUGCAUGCUCAUAAAGCGGGUACUGCACUCGAGGCAGCAAGUACAGAAGAUUGUACCGAUUUCUUCCAAGUAUUGUACACACGCGGGUUAACGGCCAGAACGAUCGACGUUGCCAAGUCCGCAUUUGUGGCGUACUUCAAAAGCAAGCGCGUUUCCCCCAACCCCGCGCAGGACUCCAUUUCGCGGCAGUACAUCGUUGGGCUACAAAAGUUCAACAAGAAGAACAAUGUCGACGAAGAGAAGAAAGCUCACCCGUUGACGGUGCACGAACUCUCAACCCUGAUGAACGGGCUGUCCGGACUGCAUCCCUUUGUCGGGUCUCUACUUCGUCUGCUCUUGCCGGUCGCUUUUCUUGGUUGCUAUCGUAUCAGCGAGGUCUUGAACCUUCGUCGCAAAGACGUCCAACUCGUGUCCGAUGGCAGUGGUCGGUAUCUGUCCGUGCGUCUACGGAAUAUUGUCAGAUAUACCACCUCAUCGACGAGACGUCAUACCCUUGCUUGCGUGUGUGCACCUUCCACUACGAGUACCUGGCAACCCUGCGAGCGUCCAGUUCGAACGUCGCCAGCAGUACCUUUGUGUUCCCGAACUUCACAAUCCAGCAAGGUGGUGUCCCGCGUGUGGACUGGCAUCGGGCCAUGGAACAGUCGACGCUCAGGAAGCUGAUCUGCAACAUCGUCAACGCAACACCGAACCUUCCCAUUGGUGUAUCACUCCACAGUCUCCGUCGAGAUGGAGCAUUUUACCGUGUGUAUGAGUCGAACGAGCGACGCUUCAACUUCCGUGAGUUGAUGGCUUGGUACAGAUGGGCCGACGCGAAGACGUGCUGCGAGUGGGGUGACACAGAGUUUGAGCAGCGAGAUCGACCCUCGAAACCUGCUCCGCACCGAGGCUACCCUUCAACGUAUGCAAUAGACAGGCACGGAGGUUGCUGGUGGUGUCAGUGGGUCGGUACCCUUCUCCGUUGACGAGCUCGGCGAAGCGGUGGCCAAACGUCUACAGGAAGGCAGUGGUGGUAAGUUAGCUGUCGCACCAAAAUCAACGAAGCAACUGCCCAUGGAUGGAUUUGUUGCCCAACAGACGAUACCUACAGCUCGUUCGGGGCUGCAAACGUGGCAACAUUGGUUUGUGGGUGAUCCUGGCGCUAUCUUGAUUUGCGCGCUCAAGGACUACAACAGCGACAUGAUUCAUCUUGAUCGGAUGAAGUACUCCGAGCGUUUCACCUUGGCCUCUGCGUUUGAAAAGUACCAAUCGUACGAGUAGUUCGAAGCGGUGUAUUCAGGGUUCGAAGUCGUACACGCGGCGCUCCGCGAGGUCCGUAAUAGAAAGCGGCUAGGUACAUUGUAAGGGAAAUACAUAGUGUAUGUAAUAACGGA